CAGAUAACUCUAGCUUUGUUUAUGGUCUCGUUGAUACCGACGCCGAGGCCUUGACGAGGAGAUAAACAACUCCUCCGACCGGACGGGUAAAUGGUAGAUUAUCGAUGCGUCGAGGACAACAUGGAAGAGCUGAACUUGGCUUUGCACAGGUUCCACCAAAACAUAGUGGAACCUUCCGUACAUCUAUGCAGGGACACUAUCGCUUUCUGUAUGACUCAGGUCAUUUUGCCACUCAUGGAGAAAGUGGGCGAGCUGGACGCCCGAUUCAAAUGCGCAUUCCCUAUGCCCAACGAGGCCUACUUCGAGGGCAUGAAGACAACGAGCGUUGACGAGUUUGAAUUGACUGUGAUCCUAACGAACCUCCUGCCCAUGAAAGUAUUCGAGGAUGUGGGAUACCAGAACAGCAACUUCCAGUGCUAUGGGCACGUGAUAGCCCACCCGGCGCCCCACCACUUGGGAGAUGUGGUGCUGGAGUCGGGCACCUCCCAGGGAUUAGUCUCUGCUCACAGAAUCAGGGAGAUGUUUGCUCAGCUAGUCAUUCAGGCAGCCUCCGUCCUACCAGUUCUGGGGAUUAAGAUUGAUGUCGUCUACAGAGAACCCUACACAGUUGUAAAAAUUUUGAGAAGUCCGGAUCUUUUCUUUUUCGAACUAGUCCCAGCAUUUCUCUUUGAGCAGCAGUGGCCCAGCAGCGCAGCCUCAUGGCCCGAGGCCACAAACGAAUGGUUGACGGACCUGGACGCCAGCUUCGUAAAAGAAAUGGGCUUCUACGCACUUGCCGCCCCUUGCCCAGCCAACCCCGCGGACCCAUCCCUCUUUAGAAUAUCCUUCAGCAGAGCCGAGAAGUACCUGCUUCGAAAAGUCCCUCAGCCUAAUCCCGAUCUCCCGCCCGUGUCCAGGAAGGACAGCGAAAAGAUACUUCGCAUCAUCCGGGAGGCUGACAAGGACGAUUUCGGGCUGGUCAGCUCGUACCACAUAAAGACUGUUCUGCUGCACCAGUGCAUGAGGUGGCCGGACCCGAUGGAGUGGCUGCCUGAAAAACUGACGGAGAGAUUUCUGGAGCUCUUUCGUGACCUCAUCCUGUCGCUGGACAGGAAGGAACUUCCACACUUCUUCAUACGCAACUGCAACCUUUUGAGGCUCUACCCUCCAGAGCAGCUCAACACCGCCGCAGCCAAACUGAAAGCAAUUUACGAAGAGAUCAUUUUAGCCCCAUCUAAAAGUAUUCGUUUGAGCGUAGACUAAACAAAAGCCGCAUCUUCUGAAUGAGACACGUACUAUUUAAAAAAAAGACACGUGUCCAUUAGGGCCAAGCAUCGCCUGAUCUGGUUGUGCUGUAAUAUUUAAUCAAUAUGUGAUCUAUGCUGUGCCAUAUAUAACAGCUCUUCCGACACCAUUGGUCCUGAUCAGUGAUUUUGUAACUUAUGUAUGGUUUUAAAGAAACAGAUUUCAAAGAAAAAUCUCAAUAUUGAAUGUAAUUUGAACUUUGAACUAUAUCUAGAUUAAAUAUCUAUAAUGCUUUUCUUUUGAAGAACUCUAAAUUCUAGUGUCGAAAGUAGAGUAGCCUACAGGUAAAUCUAUAUACUAGUGACCACGUUAAUUUGUCUAUUUAUUUUUUGGACAUGUCUCCAGCUUAGUAAAAAAAAAAUAAGGAAGGGAUUUUUUAUAAUAUAGAAUUCUUGAAAAUUUGAUACAAAUUGAAAUUUGACAGAUUCGCGAAUCUCGCGUAAAAUUGUCGACGUGUUAGGACACGAAACAGAUCCCCGUUAUUAACCAAAAGUGUCACAUUGGCGACACACACAUUGCAUAGGACUCUUGACUUGAAGAUCUAUUUCAUCAAUAAUAAUAUUUCCAUAGGGCAAAUGAUUCUUUAAAAGCAAUUUAAAAACAAAACAAAAACAAAACGAUACAUUUCUCUUUCCUACCUUUAUGUAAAGCGUCUGUUGACCCUUUAUAGCACUUAUACAUAUUUACUGGGUUUUUUUUUAGGUAUGUUUCAUUAGAAUAACACACUUUUGUUGAGGCUAGUAAGUAAAGUUCACCUUUAAUACCUUUUGAUCUAUAGGGCAUAAAGGUCAUUUGUUUUUGUGGCCUUUACUUUUCCCAAACUAAUGCAUGGUACCCACUAAAGCUGGGUGGACUCAGAAAUGCUCCUAAAAGACCCCAUAAUUAAAAAUCCCAGUCUUCACCAGGAUUCGAACCAAGGACCCCCGGUUCGGAAGCCAUGCGCUUUACCACUCUGCCCUCGUGUUUGUCCUGGCUACUUAACUUGAUUCAUUCGUCUCAAAUGUGUGCGUGAAUUGAAAAACAAAAUAUGUAAGUACCAAGAAUUUCCACUUGCCUAUAUUUGCAAAGUAAAGUUCAAUCAACUUGUCCAUCUCUUUCCACUUGCCUAUAUUGGCAAAGUAAAGUUCAAUCAACUUGUCCAUCUCAUGUGAGCGUUGAAAUAGAAAUGAAUCUACAUAUUGAAAAAAACAAACAUGAUACCUCAUCAUCUUAAUCUGAACAUGUCUUUCCAUUUCUCAUGAACAUUGAUGAUCGAUUCAACCUGUGAACCAUUGUUAUAUCAUUUAUCUACAUUACACAUCACUACCUAAGUGUAGUUUGGUGGAAAUGCACACAUGUAAUCUCCCUAUCAAUAUUGAGGAUAGUGCAGAUAUGUGCUAUCCAUAUAUACAAGGUAUAUGUCAAUGAAGGAUUGUACCGUUUUAAGACUCAGAAAAAAUGCUAUUGUUUCUGCUAUUUUCAAUUACUUCCCUUGGAUUUUAAAACUCAUUCUUUCUAUAGGAUUUUUUUUUAAAUUUGUAACUUGAUCUUUGCUCCGCAUCAGGAACUAAAUAAACAUUCAGGAGGGAAAUAAAAACAAACUUUGUGUUUCUGUAGCUUGACGUGAAAGUCAGAUCUCAGCCAAACCCGAACAGAUCUUUCAAACAUGAGGUACUUAAAGAUGGCAAUUCAACCUAGUUUAUGUCAUCUCCUAAAGAUUAUUUACACUUUGUGACAUUGUCGUUAAGGACGACAUAUUGGGAACAUUGGAAGUUCCAGAGAGAUAUUUUAUUUGUUUACUUGGCUGUGCACUUUGUUGAAUUUGUUUUCUUUGUUUUACGCUGUCUACUUUUUAAAUGACGUUGACAUAAAAACAUCUUUGAGUCUGCUGCAUAGACAUGUGAAAUUAUUUGAUCUUUUGGAGUACACAAAAUAUUUUUAAAUUAAAGAGAUUUUAAGGUGCCAUUGAGAAUUGGAAAAAGGGGGGGGGGGGCGGGGGUAGGAAAAAGCAAGAGAGAGAGAGAGAGAGAAGUUUUUAUCUUAAGAUAUGGGAUAAUAAUGUUUAGAUAUUAAUAUAAAUGUAUAAAAUAUCCUACCUUCUGUUAUUAUCAUUUUUCUUUAGAUUUAAUAAAAUCUUGUUUUUUUUGCAAUCUGUAUUAUAAUCUAGUAAGUUUUCAUUGCCUGUGCCAUAUAUUUGUUUUUAAACAAUCCAGUUUGUAGAUAUCUAGUGGAAUGGUACUACACUUCCUAAAAUAUGAUUGGUAUCAGUUUCUGUCUUGGUUUACAUACUCUCGCCUACACCAUGUUUGUUUGUCAAAUAGAAUCACAAUUCAAGGGACACAAUCAAUGUUUCCCAAUAAUAAAAAUCUGUGAAUGUUAUUGUUUCCCCUUCAAUAUUUAGAUAUUUCAUGAGCAAUUUAGUCUUUAAGGUUAACUAAAAAUUAAACUUUGAAUUACAGAAUUAACUAAAAAUGAAAGACAUGUAUUUUUCUACUUUCAUGAUAAUUGAGAAAUCUCAUUUUAUGCCGCUCCUACACUAUCGCCAGGAGUGCAAUGAUCAAUUGUACCAUCAAAACAUACUAGUGUUUGUACAUAGUAUAAAGUUCUGGCGGGAAUAUUUGAAUUCAAUGCAUAGUUGAAGGCGAAGUUCUUCUUGUUACUACUGACUUCUGCUUUGAAAUAUGACCCUUGUUGGGUGCUGCGCUCCCCUUCUGAUUGAUUGGUCAACUCUUUUUCAUAACUCAUUUAUACCAUUAUCAUGAAACCAGCUGUCCAUUGUUUUAGAAAUACAAACUUCUACUUGCAUUGGUAAUUUCUAAUUUGUUUUUGUUGACUGUUAUGACAAAAUUCAAUAAAUUAAUCUCUGUCCUUAUCAUCAUGAAUUAUUUGUGAAGACUAGUUGUUUUUUUAUUGAAAUGAAUUAAAACCAAAAACAUAUUUUUGUGAUUUUUUAAAAUUUUCUGUUGAUGAUGUUAUUUACAUUAAAAAAAAAAGACAGACUUUGAAUAGGUAGACAUUGACAAACGCAGCCAUUUAUGUAGACAUUUCGUGUCGAGCAGAGUUAGCAAUGUUGUCAAGGUUUACUUUGUUCGUUUGUUUCAUGUAGUCUGGUUAGUAUGUAAGUACCGGUAGGUCACGUCUGCUACUAAUGGUUCACAAAUCGGACUAGACAAUGUCAUUGGUAUUUAAAAAUACAUUGUUUACUAAG